AUGUUGAUCGGAUACAAUAGAAAAAAGAUUAAGAAGCUGUUGAUCAUAAAGAAGCAUAACCCGAGGCACAACAGCCCUUACAGUGGCUCACGACAAUGGCACCACCCACCUGGCCACAUCACCCACCUGGCCACAUCACCCACCUGGCCACAUCACCCACCUGGCCACAUCACCCACCUGGCCACAUCACCCACCUGGCCAUAUCACCCACCUGGCCACAUCACCCACCUGGCCACAUCACCCACCUGGCCACAUCACCCACCUGGCCACAUCACCCACCUGGCCACAUCACCCACCUGGCCACAUCACCCACCUGGCCACAUCACCCACCUGGCCACAUCACCCACCUGGCCACAUCACCCACCUGGCCAUAUCACCCACCUGGCCAUAUCACCCACCUGGCCACAUCACCCACCUGGCCACUAUCACCCACCUGGCCACAUCACCCACCUGGCCACAUCACCCACCUGGCCACAUCACCCACCUGGCCACAUCACCCACCUGGCCACAUCACCCACCUGGCCAUAUCACCCACCUGGCCACAUCACCCACCUGGCCACAUCACCCACCUGGCCACAUCACCCACCUGGCCACAUCACCCACCUGGCCAUAUCACCCACCUGGCCACAUCACCCACCUGGCCAUAUCACCCACCUGGCCACAUCACCCACCUGGCCACAUCACCCACCUGGCCACAUCACCCACCUGGCCACAUCACCCACCUGGCCACAUCACCCACCUGGCCACAUCACCCACCUGGCCACAUCACCCACCUGGCCACAUCACCCACCUGGCCAUAUCACCCACCUGGCCACAUCACCCACCUGGCCACAUCACCCACCUGGCCAUAUCACCCACCUGGCCACAUCACCCACCUGGCCACAUCACCCACCUGGCCACAUCACCCACCUGGUCACAUCACCCACCUGCACGCAUCACCAUCACCCACCUGGGCCUCGGGAAGUUUUUCUUCAGAUUGGGGACUUGCGGCUUCACGGCUUCGCCCACCGGCACGCCCUGGCAGGCUGCGUUCUCGAAGAACGUGACCUUGGUGCACACCGCUUGUCGCCUCCCUUUGCUGUUGCUCUGCCACGGCGCUCCCCGCCACAACACUUCCACGCCCUGGCUCGCCUCGCUGAGAGACGCCUGGGCAGAAGGCUCAAGGGUGACGCACGUGGCUGGGGCGUCAAAGCUGACGAGGCGGUGAGCUGGCACCACGUUGACCUGCGUGGCCACCUGCACCUUUGCCUUCACUGCCCCGCCCGUGCUGUCUCCCCCCAUCCCAACCCCCACCCCAACUCCCGCUGGCAUCUCGGCAUUCCCAUUUUCCACGGCCAUAAAUUCACAGUGCUGCUCGCUCCGCCCACUCGCAUGCGCGCCGCGUUCAGGCGAUCCGCGCCGCGCUCGCCUGCCGCCACGUGA